GUCUAUAGAAACCAGCUUCACGCUGCUGUGCUCUCACACUCACACAGAUCAGCCAAACACACCGAACAUCAUCUUCUCCAGCACACUCAGACCAAGAGGAUGCAGACAGCACAUCAGAGUCUCACCAAACAGAGAAAGCAGCAGACCAUGAUCCUGAGCAGAGAAGCAAAGGGAGGUCUGAACCUUGGGAAGAAGAUCAGCGUUCCUAAGGAUGUGAUGAUGGAGGAGCUGAACCUGAACACCAACAGAGGAUCCAUCAUGUUCCAGCAGCGUCAGAGGAGAGUGGAGAGAUUCACACUGGAGAACUCAGCAGAUGCUCCCAACAUCAUAUAUAACAACAUGGAACAGAAUCAAAUCCAGGACCAGAACCGCAUGAUGACAGACAUGCAGGGAGGGAAAGAAAACCUGCUGUAUCCAGUGGCCGGUAAACACAGCCUCGUCACCAGCCUGAAGAACACAGUGGCCAAGAAAGGAAGCCCAAAUGUCCUGGCACCAGGCUACUCUGGACCGCUGCGAGAGAUCCCUCGAGAGAAAUUCAACGCCACGGUGAUCCCAAAGUCUUAUUGUUCACCGUGGCAGGAAGCCCUGGGAGAAAAUGAAGAGCUUCGGUCUUCACUCAACACUCAGAUAGCGGAACUUCCACAGAAACUCCCGCCAGCAAACUACAGGUGCUUUAACAGAGCCGCGGUGCCAUUUGGAGGUCCUGUGCGCAGUCAGAGGGUGAUUCCUGUUAUUGGGUUUGAAGCUCUGGAGACUCCAAGUCUUUCUAGCAUGACCUUGGCCACCAUGUCCAAACGACGCAACUUCAACAGAGCCCCGCAGGGAUGGGGUGUCGGAUACUUGCCCGAGUCAAAUGACCUGUGAGCUUGGCGCUGAUCCACACCUGUAACAUUAGAGGGAAAAAACUGUCUCGCCGUAAAGACCUGCGCUUUGCACUUUCA